AUGGCGUCUCGGAGUAUAAAAGACAUGGUGGACAGGAAGAUGCUGCAGAUUGACGUGACCUUUGGCACGUAUUUGUUCUCUCCAAUUGAGAAGUUCGCGUAUUACUCGAUUGCCUUUUUGCUCUUCGGCUUGACCUCCAUCGCCAUCAUCCUCUACCUGCCGCACCACAUUUCGAUUCUCGCCGGCCGAGCGUGGUACUACAUCAACGGCGAGACGAUCGACGUCGCUGCGUCCGCGAGGGACGUCUUUGGCGGUGCGCUGGGGAACGGGAAGAACGCCGCGGCGGCUGUCAGGGAGCUGUGA